AUGAUGGCUGAACAAUAUCAACACAUGAAUGGGGUUCCUUAUCUCUUCUCUAAUGAUUCGACGGCCUAUCACACUGUCGACAUUUGCGAAGUGAACACAUCGCUCAAAGAUUCAAUUCCCCGCUUUUGGUUAAUCUACAUUCAUGGAGGGGGCUGGAGCGACCCCAAUAUACAAUCCAACAGUUUCCGCGAUAUACAAAGCGAGCUUUUGAAAGAAGAAAAAGUUCUGACUCAUAUCGCUGGUUUCGCCGCUGUCAACUACCGUUUGUCUGGUGAUCCGUCGGAGGGGCGCAACGCGCGACACCCUGACCAUCUUGAGGAUGUGCAGCGGGCUAUUGAGUUCCUCAAUUCUCGAUACGGAUUUGAAGACCGGUAUAUUCUUUUCGGGCACAGUGCAGGAGCUACAUUGGCAUUUCAAUUUGCCGCCGAGCCCGAAUCUUCAUCAACUCCAAAGAAGCCGCUGGCAAUCUUGGGGGCUAGCGGUAUUUACGACUUUCGAAAACUGCUGAGCUCCAUAUGGCCGGUCGUUGAGUAUAGAGAAGAAUAUUUGCAUAUGUUGGAAAGCGCCUUUGGACCAGGGGGCUAUAAUUAUUCGGAAAACAACGAAGGUCCCGAUGGUUGCACUUGGGACCUUGCAUCCCCUGCGAAAGCAACGACAUAUGGAUCAUCGUGGUCCAAUGCACAAUUCGUGAUGUUGGUGCAUUCUCCUCACGAUGAACUCGUUCCUUUGGAUCAGUCUACGCAGUUUGAAACUGUGAUGGAAUGUUCUCUUCCCCCCGGAGCGGUAUGUCAUACUCGGUUUGACUUGGCUGGUUCGCAUGAUGAUGUUUGGAGAAAGCCAGAAGAGAUAACCCCUCUCAUUUCGGAACUGGUCAUGUUGCUGGUAGAAAAACAAUAUGUUUAG